AUGUCGUCGCAUACGCCCAUGCAGCUAUCUAUCUCCACCAAAGCCCAGCAUGGCGCCGUCACUAUGCAACCGGCGGCAGGGCUAACUCCUCCAGUUACCCCAACCAUCGAGAACGACCGCACCUCGGUGGGUGGUUCCACCGCAUCUCGUGCUGUGACGAGCACGCCCACUGGCGGUCAUAUUGUGGCUGGAUCCUGCCCUCUAGCGUUUUACGACCAGCUAGAGUAUCAGCGCGACCAUGAAGGUCACCUCAAGGAAUUUGGGCGCGGCGCUUGGAGCGUCGUCCGCGUGGCCUUCUCCUCGCCGCGCACUGACACUAUUGUCCGCCCAUUUACACCACCGAGCUCGCCCACUCCUGCGAGCCGAGUGGUUGCUGUCAAGUCGCCUGCCCGGCGUGACGGCUGUGCUGUUUUACAAGCGGAGGCUCUCACACUCACUCGAGCCUGUUCUGUCCCUGGCUCGGAGCGCCAUAUAGUCCGCUUCCAUGGGUUCAUCGCGGAAUCAAACUCCAUUGUCAUGUCCGCAGUCCCCCUCCCGUUGUCAAAGUACAUCGAAGAGAAGGCUCGCUUUGCUGAGGAGAACAAGACCACGCGCAACAUGUUCGAGCCCGUUCAGGGGAUGGCGCAGUGGCAUGAUCUCGCCAAGAAGCUCAUUACCAGUCUCUCGUGGAUCCAUUCCCAGGCACUGGUCAUCCAUGGGGACAUCAAGCCGCACAACAUUCUGCUCAAGCCACGCAUGUCCAUCGAUGACAGCGCAAAUUCGACAGAGUUCGCCUACGAACCGCUCUUUGCAGACUUCUCCUCUUCGCACCCAAUCACACCCUCAGAGACAGCACCUGCCGGCGCUCAAACUGCCUUAACGCCGCCGUUCACUGCCCCUGAGAUUCUCACUUCGUUACUCUCGUCGCCUGACACGCCGCCCACCCCGGCGUCAGAUGUGUUUUCCCUUGCUGUCACACUCCUUGCCGCGGCAACAGGCGAUCUACUCCUGUAUCCUAGCCAGCGACGUCUCCUUAUGUCAAAGAAUGGGCAUCAGGUCAUCGAGUUUGUCCAGUCAGGGCAUAGCGGUACACGCGUGCCCAAGAAUGGGCAUGUCGAGAAGAUCUUGAAGCCUGCUGUCAUGAAGAACCCAGAUCAGAGGAUCAAACCACAUCUUUGGUUGGAUCAGUUCUUUUCCUGA